AAAUUGCCAUCUUGGCUAGAUUUCCUCUAUCGUUCAAGUUCCAACUUCCGGCUAUGGAGAUCUGACAGAAACACAUUUAAACGCUCCUAAGCUCAAUUACGCGUUUACAGCUUCAACCGAGGACCAGCAAAAGAAGCUUGUUGUAAAAUAUUACAUUUAAGAUGCCCGUUGCUGUCGGACCAUACGGGCAGACCCAGCCCAGCUGUUUCGACCGGGUCAAGAUGGGUUUCAUGAUGGGCUUUGCUGUUGGAAUGGCAGCAGGUGCCAUGUUUGGUACUUUCUCCUGUCUCAGAAUUGGAAUGCGAGGACGGGAGCUAAUGGGAGGAGUUGGGAAGACCAUGAUGCAGAGCGGGGGUACGUUUGGCACUUUCAUGGCCAUUGGGAUGGGCAUCCGCUGCUGAGGAGAAAGCACCUCUGUGCAAUCCAAAUAAACCGAUGGGACUUUUACAAUAGCAGCCACACCUUGGUGUCCACUCAGUCAUGUCACACUGCCAUCUUGUUUCUUCCAUUAAAGAAACCCCCACAAAAGUGGCCAAAUCA